UGUUGAAGUGGGCAGUUGUCAAAAAUUAGAUUGGGCAGCUAUUCGAAAGUCGCCAGCCAAAAGACUAUAUAAGCCGGGCAUCACAAUGCCAAUCCACAUUUCACAAGAAGAUGCCAAAAACGUGGCCGGUUUAUCUGUUGCUCUCUUUACUGAUCGCAUUAGGUGCGAGAACGAUUAAAGGUCGCCAAGUGAAGAAAUGUAGCCUAGCUCGACAGCUCUAUCGGAACGGGGUGCCUUAUAACGAGCUAGCCGAUUGGCUGUGCCUAGUCGAGGGCGAGAGCUCGUUCAAUACAAAGGCUAUCAAUCCAAGCAAUGUGGAUAAUUCCGUGGACUGGGGACUGUUUCAGAUCAACGAUCGGUACUGGUGCAAGCCCUCGGAUGGCAGACCUUCCACAGAUUUGUGCCGUUUACCCUGCCGACUGUUGCUUAGCGAUGACAUUAGAUAUUCCAUUGCCUGUGCGAAAUAUAUCAAACAACAACAGGGAUUCUCUGCCUGGGUCGCUUGGAAUAAUCGUUGUCAAGGUCCAAAGCCAAGUGUAAAGCGUUGCUUUAAACGAAGGCAUAGAUAUAGAGGUUGAAAAUAUGCGGCAACUAAAUGUGAUAUUAAAGUAAAUGCUAAAUAAAAGUAUAUACAGCGCAACCUUAUAUACAUACCCACUUA